AUGCAGUGGAUAAUAGCGAAGAGCGACAAAGGACGGAGACUGCCGUUCAGUUCACGACAGACUCGAGGAAUUCGCACCGGUUGGCGCCUCCAUUCGUGCGCUCAGAGGGAUGCUUCCUUCGAGUCAAGUGACGAGGGUCUGACCAGAACGAAGGAGCGGGGUGAUCAGCAAGAGCGAAUAGGUAUUGUAUGGCAGGCGACAAAGGAAACAGGAGGAGCAGCACGAGAGAAGGUGGGGUUGUCCAAGGCAAAGAGGGUGUGCUCGGACAAGAGGGACGGAGAUAAAACCAUAGGGGGAAAAGAGCCAAAGGAUGCGAUGGAGCGAAGGGAGGAUUCGAGGAAGGACGAAGAAAGCGACAGACAGACAGACAGACGAGGCGCGAGGGAGGAGGCGCGAGGACAGAUAGCGGUGGCAGCGGGGGAAGAGGUACCGCCUUUGUAUCCGCGGCCGGUGGUUCAGGGGGAAACAUCACAGGAAUAUCAGAACUAUGCGCUGCGUAAUGCCCCUGGAAUGCCUUCCAGACAGUUCUCUUGCCUGCCAUUCCCCCCGUCAGCAAUCCAGCCAAUUCGAAAUGCCAAUAUUGCCGGCAUUAGUGUUGCCUUCUAUUGGUGUGAUGUGCACCUGUGGCUCGUUCCUGGUUCUUCUUAA